CUACACUAUUUUUCUCUUCUUCUUCUUCAAAUUUGAAUACUUUGCCUUGUUUGUUUGGCAAAAGAGAAAGGAAAUGGCAUCUGUAUCAGAACCAUGUGUAAUGGCGAAUUGGAACCUGAAGGGAUGGAGCAAAGAGAAUCGCCAUGGAAGGACUGCACAUAACAUGUCUUCAUCUUCAUUGCGUAAGAAGUCCGACUUGACCCUUGUUUCCAAGGUUCGAUGUGAAACCCUUAGGCGGUUGUUGGGCAAUCUUCAAGAGGUCAUUCUAGGAACUAAACUCUCGGUUCUCUUCCCCGCUAUUCCAUUGGCUAUUGUUGCUCACUGUUAUGGGUUUGCAAGAGCUUGGAUUUUUGCGUUGAGUUUAAUCGGACUUACACCACUGGCUGAACGAGUUAGCUUUCUCACCGAGCAAAUUGCUUAUUACACUGGCCCAACAGUGGGAGGGCUGUUGAAUGCAACAUGUGGGAAUGCUACAGAGGUGAUCAUAGCAAUAUUUGCACUUAGCCAAAAUAAAAUAGAAGUGGUUAAGAAUUCCCUUCUGGGUUCAGUCCUUUCAAACCUGCUUUUGGUUCUUGGGACCUCUCUCCUUUGCGGCGGCUUUGCCAACCUCAGAUUGGAACAAAAGUUUGAUAGAAGACAAGCGGAUGUGAACUCUCUCCUUCUAUUGCUUGCAGUUUUAUGCCAUUCACUGCCAUUGUUGUUUCGAAUGAGCGGGGAACCUGAUGCCGUCACUGCAGACCCAACGCUGCAGUUAUCGAGAGCCAGCAGCAUCGUGAUGUUGAUUGCAUACCUUUCUUACCUGAUUUUCCAGCUAUUCACACACCGGCAAUUGUUUGAAGCUCAAGAGGAAUCAGAAGAUGACAACAAUGGAGAAGAAGAACCAGUGAUCGGAUUUUGGAGUGGAUUUAUCUGGCUGGUUGGAAUGACUGCUGUCAUCUCUUUGCUCUCCGACUACGUUGUACAAACAAUCGGGGAUGCCUCGGAUUCAUGGGGAAUAUCUGUAUGUUUCAUUAGCAUUAUUCUACUACCGAUUGUUGGAAAUGCAGCAGAACAUGCAGGAGCAAUCAUUUUCGCUUUUAAAAAUAAGCUGGAUAUUUCUUUAGGUGUUGCGUUAGGAUCUGCAACUCAGAUUUCCAUGUUUGUGGUCCCACUUUGUGUUGUUGUGGCUUGGAUUAUGGGUAUUAAGAUGGAUCUCAACUUCAAUCUCCUUGAAACUGGUUCUCUCGCUCUCUCUAUCAUUGUCGUUGCCUUCACUUUACAAGACGGCACUUCUCACUACAUGAAGGGGCUGGUGCUUUUAGUGCUCUACAUUGUUAUUGGAGCUUGCUUUUUUCUAUCCAAAACACCACCAAAUCCUGUGAAGAACGGAAACUCAGAAGCUAAAACAGCCAUUGACGCAAUCUUCAGCGCUUGACAAGGUUUGACAUGUUGGGGACAAAGAUUUCAUGCAAUCGUUUUUUUUUUUUUUAUGUCGUGGCCAAUUGGAAAGCUGACAAAUGAAGCAUACCCUUGAAAGCUUGAUGAAGAUAGGCUAUAUGAGUACACAGUAUAUAUACUGUUUUGUCUCUGUAUAUAUAUAUAUCUCUCUCUCAGC